GACUCCGUUCUCACAACCUCCAUUAAUCAUUUGCUUCCUAUUUCAUCAAAGCUUACUACCUUAAAUUUCUUUUUCUCUUGUUCCCAAAUGGAUCUUGUUUAUGGCCGAGUCAUAAAUGUAGCCCCAAGAAAUAUCGUAGCUUCAUCACAACCCUCGAAAAAUAUUGCCAUACGCCCUAUGUCGGUUCCACAAUGGGGGGGUUCCCAACAGAGGGUGUCUAGUAUUGUGCAAUCUCGACAGUCGAGAUUACCCAAUGCGCUCCCACUUGUCCAUGAAGACAAGGAAGGAGGACCACAAAUUUCCAUGCCUCAAAGCAAGUACAGCGAGCUUAUCUCAACCCUACCCACAAGAAAUGACUGGAAAUUCAUGCCUCUUCACCAAUACCAAGGGUUUUGGUACUUCACCAUUUACCUAGAGGCAAUAUUAGCUGCCCAGGAAAAAUUUCAAGCUCAGCCUGAUGAUAUUAUCCUAUGUACUUACCCUAAAACUGGCACAACUUGGCUUAAGGCUUUAGCUUUUGCUAUUACUACACGUUCUCGUUAUAGCAUUUCUGAAACCCCUUUAUUAACAUCUACACCACAUGAUUGUGUACCUUUUAUAGAAAUUGAAAUUGGUACAAGAGAAACUUACUCUCGUGAUACAGAAAAUCCACUUGUUGCUACACAUAUUCCUUAUAAUUCCUUGCCAACUUCUAUAACAACAUUGGGAUGCAAAAUGGUGUAUUUUUGCAGGGAUCCUAAGGAUGUGUUAGUAUCAAUGUGGCAUUUCUUGAGGGCAAGGUUACCCGAAGGAAUCGACAAAGAUGCAUAUUGCAAUAUGGGCGAUUCUUUUGAGUCAUUUUGCGAAGGAGUUGCUCUAAAUGGACCUUACUGGGAUCAUGUUGCAGGGUACUGGAAUGCAAGUCAAGAAUAUCCUGAAAAGGUCUUAUUCUUGAAGUAUGAAGAUUUGAAGGAGGAUACUAUUUCUAAUGUCAAGAAGCUAGCUGACUUUCUUGGAUAUCCUUUUACUCCAGAGGAAGAGAGCCAAGGAGUAGUGCAACAAAUUAUUGAUUUAUGUAGUUUUGAGAGUUUGAAGAAUUCAAAGGCGACAAAAGAUGGUGCUUUCCGUCCAGAUUCUCAAUUUAUCAUAAAAAAUAGUUUGUUCUAUCGAAAAGGUACAAGUGGAGAUUGGAAAAAUUAUUUUACUGAAGAAAUGGGCGCUCGUUUGGAUCAGAUUGUUGAACAGAAAUUGAGUGGCUCCGGAUUUUCUUUUUUGUCCCGACAAUCAAGUAAUUAAAGUAAAAUAAAAAAAUAUUAUCUACAUAGUUAAUCUAUUAAAAUAAGAAUAAAAACUGAUACAGAAGGUAUAGUGCACAACUUUGUGUAAGCUCAAUUAAGAAUGUAAUUGCUCUCAUUUUCUUUACAUCUCUUGUUACUGGUAUUUGUUAUUUUAAAAUUAUUAUACAAGUGAAAUAAGAGUUUUUGUUAUUCGGAAACAUAA